UAGCUAACUCCCAACUCGUAUGAAGAGAGAAAUAUAUGAGAGCUUGUUUUCGUAUAGACAAAAUUUGGAAGUCUUUUAUCUCUAAACCCUGAGGCACCUGAAUCCAUGGGGAACUCAAUAUUUUGCUCGGCUCCAGGAGAGAGGCUGGCAUCUGCGGCCAGAGACGGCGACCUGGCGGAAGCAAAAUUAUUGUUAGAACAGAAAAGUUGUCUGGCUACUUACUCCAGUUUUGCUGCUCUCAACUCACCGCUUCACUUUGCUGCAUCAAAAGGACACACUGAGAUGGUGAUGCUGUUGUUGGAGAAUGGGGCAGACGUAAAUUCAAGGAAUUUUUAUGGACAGACAGCGUUGAUGCAAGCUUGUCAUCAAGGGCACUGGGAGCUUGUUCAGGUUCUUCUGAUCUUUGGAGCUGAUGUAACAAAGGCAGAAUACCUAGGGAAGAAGACGGCGCUGCAUUUUGCAGCAGCUAAUGGACAUAUCAGAUGUAUUAGGCUAUUGGCAGCUGACUUCAUCCCUAGCACUCCAGAUGCAUCUUCCAUUCUUUCAAUUUCCGGUGAUAAAGGUAGAGGCAGUAACAAAAAUGGAGGAUCUGAAUCUUCUGCAGAAAUCAAUGCACUUUCCAAAUUUAUCAACAAGAUGGCUGACGGCAGAGUGACAUCUGUCCAUCUAGCAGCACUGAAUGGGCACUCAGAUUGCCUACAACUUUUAUUAGACCUUCGUGCAAAUGUUUCAGCUCUAACAUAUCAUUAUGGCUCAUCAUCAUCAAUAAUGAUAGGAGCUGGAAGCACCCCUUUGCAUUUCGCUGCGUGUGGAGGGGACCUUAAAUGUUGUCAGGUUCUUCUUGCGAGAGGUGCUUGUAGAUCUGCACUGAAUUUCAAUGGGUGGCAUCCUGUUGAUGUUGCUAAAGUAUGGAGGCACCACUUCCUAGAUCCGUUGUUAUCUCCUUAUUCUGACUUGAAAAUAGCAAAAUUCCCUCCAUCAAGUUAUCUAUCAUUGCCUCUGCGGAGUAUUCUGAAUUUAGCAAGGGAGUGUCGAUUUCGAUCGUUAACUGCCUCCUCUGAUGAAAAUGAUCUUUGUGCUGUUUGCCUCGAAAAUGCCUGCUCUGUUGCUGCUCAAGGUUGUGAGCAUGAACUCUGUGUAAAAUGUGCACUCUACCUUUGCUCGACGGGCAACGUAACAUCAGAAGUAGCAGGACCACCGGGUUCAAUUCCAUGUCCUCUCUGUAGAAAUGGAAUAGUCUCCUUUAUUAAAAUAGAUCACACUCAAAUACCGGAGAUUGAGCUUCCUGAGUACAAAUGCCUACAUGCUCCUCAGAGAUCUCAGUUCAGUCAGAAUUGUAUGCUAGCAGUUUCUUAGGAAUCCCUUUGACAGAAUUAAAUCAAACAGUAUACAGUUUCUUUUUGGUUGUGUACGUAGAUGAUUCGUUUAUAAGUAACACAGAAGGUUCGUAGGUAGGGUGUUAUAGUUUAUAAAUAACAAUUUGUUGAUAACUUUAGAAACGUUUUGUGAGUAUAGAAUUCAUACAGGUUUCAUUUGAA